CCUUCCUCUCUCCAUAUCUCUCACAAUCUCGAAAAACACCAUUUCUCACUCUCAGAUCUUUUUCACCCAAAAAUGGCGCGUGACAUCCAACUUCCGUGCGACGGCGACGGUGUAUGCAUGCGAUGCAAAUCCAAACCUCCGCCUGAAGAAUCUCUCACUUGCGGCACGUGCGUUACGCCGUGGCACGUGUCCUGUCUCUCAACCCCACCCGAAACCCUAGCUUCUACUUUACAGUGGCAUUGUCCUGAUUGCUCCGGCGAAAUCGAUCCUCUUCCUGUUUCCGGCGGCGUUUCUGGUGAUGGAUCUAAUGGCUCAGAUCUUGUUGCAGCGAUUCGCGCGAUUGAGGCUGAUGAGUCGUUGAGUACUGAAGAGAAAGCUAAGAAGAGGCAACGGUUACUUAGUGGUAAAGGCGUCGUUGAGGAUGACGAAGAAGAGAAGAAGAGUAAAGGGAAGAAUGCGAAUCUCGAUGUUUUAUCUGCUCUUGGAGAUAACUUGAUGUGUUCCUUCUGUAUGCAAUUACCUGAGAGACCUGUUACGAAACCAUGUGGGCACAAUGCUUGCUUGAAAUGUUUUGAGAAGUGGAUGGGGCAGGGCAAGCGAACUUGUGGUAAAUGCAGAAGCGUGAUUCCGGAGAAAAUGGCUAAGAAUCCCCGUAUCAACUCGUCCCUUGUGUCUGCUAUUAGAUUAGCGAAAGUAUCUAAAAGUGCUGCUGCGGGUACUUCGAAGGUCUUUCAUUUCAUAAGCAACCAAGACAGACCAGAUAAAGCAUUUACAACUGAGCGUGCAAAGAAAACCGGGAAGGCAAACGCUGCUAGUGGAAGGAUUUAUGUUACAAUACCACCAGAUCACUUUGGUCCUAUACCAGCUGAAAACGAUCCUGUCAGGAACCAAGGUCUUUUGGUUGGAGAAUCCUGGGAAGACAGACUCGAGUGUAGGCAGUGGGGGGCUCAUUUCCCUCAUGUUGCUGGCAUUGCUGGACAAUCCAAUUAUGGAGCUCAAUCUGUAGCACUCUCUGGAGGUUAUGAGGAUGAUGAGGAUCAUGGAGAAUGGUUUCUAUACACAGGAAGUGGGGGAAGAGAUCUCAGUGGCAACAAAAGGACUAAUAAGGAGCAGUCCUUUGAUCAAAAAUUUGAAAAGUCCAAUGAAGCCUUAAGACUUAGCUGCAAACUGGGGUAUCCUGUUCGAGUUGUCAGGUCUCACAAGGAGAAGCGUUCUGCAUACGCCCCUGAGGAGGGAGUGAGAUAUGAUGGGGUGUACCGGAUAGAGAAGUGCUGGCGGAAAGUUGGAAUACAGGGUUCUUUCAAGGUCUGUCGUUACCUGUUUGUUAGAUGUGAUAAUGAGCCAGCUCCAUGGACUAGUGAUGAGCAUGGAGAUCGUCCAAGACCUUUGCCUAAUAUUCCAGAGCUGAAUAUGGCCACAGACCUAUUUGAGAGAAAGGAAAGUUCAUCAUGGGAUUUUGAUGAAGGUGAGGGUUCUUGGAGAUGGAUGAAGCCGCCACCUGCUAGUAAAAAGUCAGUGAAUGUUUUGGAUCCUGAGGAGAGGAAAACUUUGAGGAAAGCCAUAAAGGCAGCACACUCGAAUACCAUGAGGGCAAAACUUCUGAAAGAAUUUAAGUGCCAGCUCUGUCGGCAAGUGCUAACUCUUCCAGUGACGACGCCGUGUGCUCAUAACUUUUGCAAGGCAUGCCUCGAAACCAAAUUUGCCGGGAAGACGCUUGUGAGAGAGAGAAGCAGAGGUGGACGAACUCUACGAGCUCAGAAGAAUGUGAUGAACUGCCCUUGUUGCCCCACUGACAUUUCUGAUUUUCUUCAGAACCCUCAGGUUAACAGAGAAGUCAUGGACGUCAUAGAGAGGCUGAAGAAUCAGGAAGAAGACAAUGUAGAGACUGUAAAUGAAGGCGAAGGCUCAGGUACCAACGCUGAAGAAGAAACUCUGGCCGAGUCUGAAGAUGCUGAGCAACCGAAGAAACGGAUUAAGUUGGACACCGCCGCAGCAGUUUCUGCGACUGUUGUGUAAUCUGGCAUGAAGCAAGUAGAUUGGAGCCUUUCCAAUGGCUUUUUUUUGGACGGAACCAUCAGGUAAAGUUGGAGACUAUGGUUUUGUUUUGAUACCAAAGAACUCUUUAGCGAAAAAAAACUCUGUACCUGAUGUGUUAUUUUGGAUUUUACUACAACUAAGUUCUUAAACUAUGGUUCUCUGGUUUAAAUAUUUUUCUCUUAUUUUGGAUUUUCUGGUUUAUUAGGUUUGAUAACUCGUAUUGGUUGGUUUGAUAGUACUAUCAGGUACUAAAAAGUGCGUUCUCUA